CCAGCAAGCAAUUUAGCACGAAAACAAGCACCAUGUGCCGAUGGCUGUAGUUCUGAGCUCUUCGAGAGAAAAACGGAUUCAGUUUGCUUUGCCAGUCUUUUGUUCGCCUCCGUGGCGGUUGGAUGUGGUACCUGUAACUACGCAUAUUAUUUGAUCGUGGGGACUGCGUACGCGUUGUCCCUGUUUUUCUUUUACCUCCAUACUACUGGCUAAAUAGCCUUAUAGAAUUUCAUCUAAUCUGUCAGGAAGACCUCUUGUUCGCUUCCGUGGCGGUUGGAUGUGAUUUCUGUAACUACAUGCAUAUUUUUUGAUCGUGGGGACUGCGUACGCGUUGUCCCUGUUUUUCUUUUAUCUUCAUAAUCGUUGACUGGCGUAGGGGAUAGAGUGUAACAGCUCUGCCCAGAGCCAUUUGUUGAACCAGAACCAGAAUUUCAUCUAUCUACAUCGUGAGAGUGGCGUUGCAGCUGUACCCUAUUUUGCCCAGAGCCAUUUAUUGAAUUGAAUUGAAGUUUGAUUUGCACGUUCAAUAAGUUUCAACAAAAUAAGGUCUCAACAAUGGGAGAGGAUCGUUUCAUCGAACUCAAAUAAAAACCGCAUGAACCUUUUUGGCAUCUUAUAAAGUCUAUUUUUGAGAAAGCUUUUUUGUAAACUAACAACAUAUAUUUUUCCAUAAGCCAAUGCAUUUUGCAAAUUUGUUCAAGUUGUUAGCUGAAAACUUUGUUGAAAGGAUCAAGUUGAGUUAAAAUGGAAACAAAUGUGGAUGUAGAUACAAAAAAUGCACAUACAAACAGCAUGUCUACAGAAACCAAAGAUAUUGAGAAUAAAACAUCUCUUGAUAUAAUCGCUUUAGAAUACGAAGAUUCUGAUUUAGAUGUGAAAGAAACAAUACUGAAUAAAGAAGAGGCCAAGAAUCAGCAUAUUGUGAAAAUUAUAGAUGCACAGAUAGAUACACAGAUAAAUAUACAGGCAGAUGUACAAAUAGGUUUGCAGGCAGAUGCACAAACAGACACACAAGCAGAUGCACAAACAGAUACACAAGCAGAUGCACAAACAGAUACACAAGCAGAUGCACAAGUAGAUACACACACAGAUAUACAAAAUUUGCAUCAGUAUCGUCAAAAGAUAGAUGAAGUAUUAUUGAGUGACUCUAGCGAUAGUGAGAGUGAUUCCAGUAGCAGUAGCAGUACAAGUACAAAUACUAGUAGCAGGGAUAGCAGUAAUUCUUCAGACAAUGAUAGUGAUAAUUCAGAUGACAACGAUGACAAUAAUGUUUUUAGGAUGAAGAAAAGAAUAAAAAUGAACACACUUAAACCGGUACAAAUACAAAGUGAAUUGAAUGGUCUACCACCAGUGGAAGAUUUAAAGAUUAGUGUUUCAGAAGUUACCUGUGAUUUAUUUGGUGAGAUUAUUGGGAUAGUGGAGGAACUAGUAAUUAUAAAACCUCGAGCCGAAAAGCCAGCGCUCCGAGAGGAAACAGUUUUAUUCAUAGAACAGGGCCAGAAAACACUCGGCAAAAUAUUCGACAUAUUCGGUCCCGUUAAAGAACCACAUUACACUAUUCGUUUCAACAAUGUCGAACACAUACAGGAGAGACAAAUCACUGUGGGCACGCCAGUUUAUUAUUGUCCUGAUUCGUGCUACACGUUUUUUGUUUUUUUAUCUGAACUGACGAAAAUAAAAGGUUCCGAUGCAAACUGCGACGGUGGCUCUGAUGGUGACCAUCCGGAUUUUUCGGACGACGAAGAGGAAAAGCGUUACUAUGAAAAGCUGAAUAGACAGCGAAGAAACCCCGCACGCAGUUCAGGCGAUGGUACACAGAAAUCGUCCAAACGAAUGUGUACAUUGAAUUCUACUCCCACGUUAACAAAUUCUACGGCAAAUACAGUUGGUUCGAGAGCUCCUACUCUAAGUACGUCCAGUUCGAAUUCAACUGGCUGCAGGCCGAGAAAUGCGCGAGACGGAAACUAUCAAUUUCAAGGGCACAGUGAAUAUGGACAUCGACCGACCUGGAGAAACAGUGGUCAAUUGAAUCGUGCAAAUCAAUUUAAUGUGUAUCGGCCGUUUUAUGGUAAUCCGAGGAAUGCGUGCUUCACAUAUGACAUGUCGCCGCUACAUCGAGCAAGAUACCCCACACCACCUUUCAACGUGCCGCCGUCGUCACAGUAUUCUAAUUCAGAUGAUUCGGAUUAUAGGAAUCAAUAUUAUCCGGCUGCUGAUAUGAACACACAAUAUGAUUAUGUCUCUCGAUAUCCCAAUCCUUCCUUUGCCGACCAAACUUCUUGGAACCCUUUGUUUUACAAUUCCAAUUAUCCCAUGGCGUUUGUACAUUCUAGUGCUCAGUAUACCCAUACAUUUUGGCCGUCCGCAUCAUUACCUCUACCGCCGCCGCCACCGCCUCCACCACCGCCUUCGCCAAUGGGCUCAACAAAUAAUCAAUAGAACUCAGUUUGAUAGACGUGUUAU